AAAAUUAUAAUUAUUUUUUUUUAAAUAUUUUACAUCCUGUUGAAAAUUAUUUUUUAUAUUUUUUUUUUUUAAUUUUAUUUUUUUAAAAUUUUUUUUUAAUUUUUUUUUUUUUAAAUUUUUCUUUUUUUUUAUGUUCAUAAAUUUUUUUUCAUUUUAUUUUUACAAAAAAUAUAUAUAAUUUAAAAAUGUCAGUAGCAGAACAAAAAAAUCAUAUGGAAGUCCCAGUUGGUGAUCUUUCAAACCCACAAGUUGUAGAUUAUUAUAGAGAUGCUGCCAAUAUUGCCAACAAUGUUAUCAAACACGUUAUUGCCAAAUGUGAAGCUGGUGCAUUAAUUGCUGAUAUUUGUAAAUAUGGUGAUGAUUUAAUCGAAAGUGAAACAGCUAAAACCCACUCAAAGAAAAAGAUUGAAAAAGGUAUUGCUUUCCCAACUUGUAUUUCAGUUAAUAAUUGUGUUGGUCACUAUUCACCAUUAAAAGCCACCAGUCGUUCAUUAGUUGAUGGUGAUAUCGUCAAAAUCGAUUUAGGUGUUCACAUCAAUGGUUUUAUUGCCGUUGGUGCCCAUACUAUUAUUCUUGGUAACAGUGCUACAAAUGUCAAAACCGGUAAAAUUGCUGAUGCCAUUUGUGCUGCUCACUAUGCUUUAGAAGCUGCUGUUAGAUUAAUCCGUCCAGGUAAAACCAGUAACGACGUUACCCAAAUGAUUGAAAAAAUCUCAAAUAUGUAUGGUGUCACCUCAGUCAGUGGUAUCCUUUCACACGAACUCAAACGUUUCAUCAUUGAUGGUGAAAGAAUUAUUUUCUCCAAACACGAACCAACCCAAAAAAUCCAAACUUUCGAAUUCAAAGAUUAUGAAGUCUAUUGUAUCGAUAUUGUUAUGAGCACUGGUGAAGGUAAAGCAAGAGAAGAAGCUGAUCGUCCAACUAUUUACAGAAGAAACAUUGAUAACCCAUACAAAUUAAAGAUGAAGACCUCUCGUGAAUUCAAAGAUGAAAUCGUUAAACGUUACCCAGUUCUUCCAUUCCCAUUAAGAAACUUUGAUGAAAAGAAAGCUAAAUUAGGUCUUGGUGAACUCGUUGAACAUCAAGUCUUAGCCUCAUACCCAGUCCUUUUCGAUAGAUCAGGUUGUGAAGUCGUUCAAUUCAAAACUACCGUUUUAGUUUUACCAAAUGGUAACCAAAAAAUUAUUGGUACCGAACUUGCCCUUCCAUUCGUUCGUUCAGAAUUCACCAUUAAUGACGAAGAAGUUAAACAAUUAGUCGUUGCUCCAUUAAAAAUUAAUAAAAAAGCUGCCAAAAAAGAAGAACCAAAAACCACCGCCAAUUAA